AUGCAGGACUCAGGAUCGGCUCAUCCUCGCGCAGACACGCGCAGACGGAGCCACGGAGGGGCUCCUCCUCCGCGCUGCCACUCGCCUCCUCCCCCGACCACCUCCUCCACGCCGCCCCCGACCACCUCCUCCGCGGAGCAGCACGCGCCGCCCCCAACCACCUCCUCCGCGGAGCAGCACGCGCCGCCCCCAACCACCUUCUCCACGGAGCAGCACGCGCCGCAGGCGGAGCCUACCUUCCCCGUGUCCUCCGCCUCGACCAUGGCCGCUCCAGCACCAGCAGGCCCAUGCAGCGGCGGGAGCAAGUCCGUGCUCGACGGUGCAUUUCCCUUUAUUUUAAUAAGAUGUUUGGAAGGCUCCUGUUCAUCUGCUGAUGCUGCUCCCUGGUUUCACUUGAAGAUGUAGAUUCAUGCCAAGUUGAUCUCAGCUGCUAAAAGGGUGGUAUAUUCAUGAACCGUGGUGACCUCUGUUAUUUCACAUUUGAACAAGAACUCUAAAAUGCUCACAGUUUGUUGUUUCUAGAGGUUAUCUCUACUG